AUGCUCUCGAGAUUUUCCAUCCUCGCCUUUGCGAGCGCAGUCCUUGCCCAGUCGAAUGGCACCGCACCAUCUCUCACUGAAGCACUGAGUUCAUCCGCUCAGCUUUCCAGCUUGGCAGGCGUCCUGGCUCUUCCAGGUCUUGCCCAACUCGUUCAGGGCCUCAGCAGCGCACAGAAUGUCACCAUACUUGCACCUUCGAACGCAGCUUUCGCUAGUAUCGGCAACGCAACCGUCCAGGCGUUGGCUAACAACACGGGUCUCCUCACUGCACUUUUGCAGUACCACGUUCUGAAUGGCACAUACCGGUCUUCGGCCAUCACCAACCAGAGCGUAUUCGUGCCAACUCUUUUGACAAACAAUCUCUUCACCAACGUGACCGGUGGUCAAGUUGUCGAGGCUGUCACAACCGGAAACAAUGUCACAUUCUUCAGCGGUCUGUUGGCCAAUUCUACCGUUUCUAUGGCUGACGUUAACUUCACCGGCGGUGUGAUCCACGUCAUUGACCGAUUCCUCGUCUUGCCCGAAAUCGUUUCGGACACUCUUACAACUGCCAACCUUACUGGCCUUCGCGGUGCUCUUAAUGCCACCAAUUUACUCGAGGCUGUGGACACCAUACCAGACGUUACUAUCUUCGCUCCUUCUACUGAGGCAUUCCGCGAGAUUGGAUCUGCCCUUGCCAAUGCCUCCAUUGAGGACAUUGCCGACAUCCUGACCUAUCAUGUCGUCAAUGGCACUGUAGGCUACUCGUCCGGUCUUGAAAAUGGAACUGUCCUGACUGCCCUAAACGGCGACAACCUUACCAUCACUAUCGGUGAGGAGGGCCGCAUCUUCGUCAACAGCGCCCGCGUCACCAUCGCCGAUAUCCUUGUUGCUAACGGUGUUGUUCACGUUAUCGACGAGGUCCUCAACCCCGCCAAUGCUACCAUUGCCGACCCCUCUGAUGACGAGGGUGAGGGCGCCUUCCCUGGCGCUACCGCCGUUUCCGACCUUCCCUUCACCUCUGGCCAGCCCACUGCCACCACCUCGAUCAACCAGGAGGCUACUGGAAGCCAAGCUGCCCCUGGAGCUUCCUCCACGAGCAGCGCUGCUGGUGCUCCCGCCGCCAUGAAGACUGGUUCUGUCGGUAUGGGUGCUCUCUUGGGUGCUGCUGCUGUUUACGCAUUUAAUUAA